UCUGAGACUGUCUCGAAAUAUCACCACCGACAGUCCGCUCAGAGGACGUGUUGGCAUUUACGACUUGUUCCCAGCCAAGAAUGGCCUCCGCUGCGGCCGAUGGCGACAAGUCCAAGCCAAAGCCCAGCGCAUUGCGCUCCAUUAUAGCUGGAUCAACAGCUGGAGCUGUCGAAAUUGCCAUAACUUACCCUUUCGAUUUCCUCAAAACUCGAUCGCAACUCAACCGCCAUUUACCGACAGAGAAAAAGCUCCCACUACCUCCAUUCCCGUCCAAAGAGUGGUACACGGGAUGUACAACGGCGAUUGUUGGUAAUGCCUUCAAGGCAGGUGUGCGCUUCGUCGCAUUUGACACAUACAAACACAUCUUGGCCGACGAGGACGGCCAGAUAUCCGGGCCUCGCACAGUCGCCGCCGGAUUCGGCGCCGGUAUUACAGAGUCUCUACUGGCAGUGACGCCCUCCGAGUCCAUAAAAACGCAGCUUAUAGACGAUCGCAAACGUGCGCAGCCCCGAAUGCGAGGUUUCAUUCAUGGAUCGUCGGUCAUUUUCAAAGAGAAGGGUAUUGCAGGCUUCUUCCAAGGGUUUGUGCCCACGACAGCUCGGCAGGCUGCAAACAGUGCUGUCAGAUUUGGCACAUACACCAGUCUGAAACAAUUUGCCGAAGGCUAUGUGGCUCCAGGUGAAAAGCUGGGCUCAUUAACAACUUUUGGACUUGGUGCUGGUGCCGGCAUCGUGACUGUGUACGCGACCAUGCCUCUCGAUACGGUCAAAACACGAAUGCAGAGUUUAGAAGCCAAGCAAGUCUACAGGAACAGCUUCAAUUGUGCCGCUUCGAUUUUCAAGAAUGAAGGCAUUCUGACAUUUUGGUCGGGUGCCCUUCCGCGACUCGGUCGCCUCACACUCAGUGGUGGAAUUGUCUUCACGAUGUAUGAAAAGAUCAUGGAGCUAUUAGACAAGGCCGACCCAGACCGGAAAUACAUUUAAAUAUGCGAUGUUAUUUAAUGAUGAGUAUACUCAGGAAAAACGACCUAAAUCGUCUGGUGUUGCGUCUGCAAAUGCGCAGCAUUGAGAGCAGUACGCGAUAUCGAACUAGAUCCGGACAACCACCGCCCGCGAGCCCGUCCAAAUUAAGCAACUUCAAGCUGGAACUGGAUGGUAGGAGAUAGAGACAAUACUGGGAGGUUCAGGAGAGUAGGCGAAGCUGUCAAGCUUGUUCGAUGGCUUUGGGAACGAUUCCCGGAACGUUGUGUAGAUAUCUGGGUAUCAAUAUCUGAUCAAACGGUACGGAGAUGCCAGUAUUGAGAAAAUGGAUUUUCUCAACAACCUCCGUUCACUCCUUCGUAGUAAUGUUCUUG